GAUGGGGGGACCAGUCUAUUGAUGAAUCAAGCGGAACUUUUCAAUUUUGCAAACUUGGGCCCUAUCUUUAGAGGCUAGUUUUUCUAAAUCUAACUAAUAGUACAUGUAGCCUACUUAUAGUUUUUACCAUUAGUAGAUAUAGAUCCAGACUAGACUGAUAAACAAAUGAUCCGUAUAUAAGCCUAAUGAGCAUUACACAGUAUGGAUAUUCCACCCGUGCAUCACUGCUUUUUGUUGUCUGCUGAAAACGAAAAGAUCACAAGAAAACUGAAGAAACUGAAAAAACGGAACGGUGAACUAGAGCUGAAGUUGAGAGACAUUAAUGAGAGUCUGAGCCGAGAAAAACUGCUGCGAGAUCACAUCCAAACUAGAAGUGUUACCGUGCAGACUGAUCCACCGGGCUACAGACCCUACCUGAGGCAUCUACAGCCCACCACAAGAACCAACAAGCAAGACAAUACUGAUGAGCAAAAGAAAGCAGACAGAUUACUGUCAAUGCACAACAAGCUGAUGAAACGCUAUGAGAAGGAGCUGAAGACCAAUACUGCACACACAGAAACUAUUGCAGCAUUAAAUCUGAGAAUUCAAGAUUUGGAGAACCAGCUGCAUCGUUCCAGGGAGCAAUUCAGUCGUCUGGAAAGGUCAUUGACCCCAGGUGGUCGCAGGAGGCGUGCUGGAAGCCGCUCUAGAAGUGCCUCGCCAUUCACAAAUACCCCAGUUCAACAGUCAGAGUUUCGGCAUUUGAAGAAAGAGAGAGACCAGUUGGCCAAGGACAAAAAGAGACUCAAGAGGGAGCUACAAGGACUGGAUGAGGGCUUCUUUGAUGAGAUUGAGGAUCUGAAGUACGCCCUACAACAGUCGGCAAAGCUAAAUAAGGAAUACGAGAAAGCACUCCGACGAACCUGCAAACAGUUUGGCGUUCCAUACCCAAUGACCAAUGAUGACGUCAGAGUGACAUCAUCACGGAGAAGAGCCACGCCCAGAUGACAGUCUGUACUAUAGAUUGGUUUCUCUUAAGGGGGAUACCAAAAAUAUUUGUGAAAAAAAUCUGGAAUGAUAAUACUGGGUAUUUAGUUAUAAAGCGAACGUAUCCACCAGGACUAGUGCUCAUCAAGGCGCUACAUCAUUAUUACCCCUGCUCAUUGGGCCCUGCCCUCACAGGUACCCA